CAAAUGCUAGUGGCACGUAAUCGAUAGAACAGAGUCACAUUGUCGGUUAGAUAUUUAAGAUUGAAAUUCAUACCUCGUUCCUCCAGACAUCGAAAUGAUGAAAUCUAGUGCUCAUUUAAUGCGUGCUAUGCGCAAUAUUUCUAAAUCAUUAAAUUAUAAAAAUAAGCGUUUCUAUGGGGCAGCCUCUCAAGGUGAUCACAUCUUUCGCCAGUUAUUCGACAUAAGAACGUUUACGUAUACCUAUCUUAUUGCUGAUAAGACCUCAAAGGACGCUGUUUUAAUUGAUCCCGUACUGGAACAGACUGACAGAGACGAAAGCAUUUUGAAGCAGCUAGGCUUAAAUCUUAUCUACGCAAUUAAUACGCACGUUCACGCUGAUCACGUAACUGGUAGUGGUGAGUUGAAAAAACGCUUUCGAAACUGUCAAAGUGUGAUAUCGAAAGCUUCCAAUGCGAAAGCUGAUAUACACUUAGAAAAUCUCAACUCUCUACCUUUUGGAAGCACCGCCCUAGAAGCUAGAAAUACUCCUGGACAUACGAAUGGUUGCAUGACUUUUGUAUGGCAUGACGGCGAAAUGGCUUUUACAGGUGAUGCUCUCCUCAUAAGAGGAUGUGGUCGUACUGAUUUCCAAGAGGGAAAUUCAGAAACAUUGUACAACUCGGUCCAUUCCCAGAUUUUGUCCUUGCCUAAAAAUUGGUUGCUAUAUCCUGGUCACGAUUACACAGGUAACACUUAAAUAUUUAACUCUUUUCGUUUCACACUUAGUGUUUUCAUUUAAGGCCAAAGUGUAACGACAGUGGAAGAAGAAUUAAUAAACAAUCCACGCUUACGGCAGCCAAUUAAAGAUUUCGUUAAGUUUAUGGAAGAAUUAAAGCUACCAUAUCCGAGAGAAAUUGAAAGAGCCCUACCCCUUAAUAUGGUUUGUGGGCUUCAAUAGAAAUAUAAAGAUGCAUGGGUUGAAAGCGAAAGUGAUUUUUGGACAUCUCGAAAUUGUUUUACAUAGUCGCCAGUUUUUUAAAUAAUCAUUGAAAUUAAUAAAAUUAUUUUGUC